AUGGUUUUGAUGUUCAACGAUGUUCUUCUUCGCAGGAGACGACCGAGACGUCAUUUUAGGCCUCUGCUCUUCCCGGCUUGUGUGGCCCUCCUCUCGUUACUCUGCACUCCAGCACUGGGGCAGCUGGAUCUCAACCGAUUAGAUGGGGACACGGUAUGCCCCACAAUGAGAAAUGGACAAGAUGACCUUCCAGGUUUCGAUCUGAUCACCCAGUUCCAGCUGGACGUCAUCCCGCUGAAAGGGGUGCGGAAGGUGGAAGGCUCGACGGCUCUUCAGGUGGCGUACCGGCUCGAUAGGGAGGCCAAUUUUCAAAUUCCAACGAGGCUGAACUUCCCCCGGGGAUUUCCAGAGGAGUACUCCUUCAUGGCCACCUUCCGCAUGAUCAAGAACACGGUCAACAAGGUGUGGAACGUCUGGCAGGUGGUGGACGAGGACGGGAGCAAGCAGGCGGGGCUCAGGCUCAACGGUGACCAGCAGGCCCUGGAGUUCUUCCUCAUCGGGAUGGACGGCACCGUGCAGACGGUCACCUUCCCGGGCCUCUCCGUCCUCUUCAAUACCAAGUGGCACAAGGUCAUGGUGGGCGUGGAGAGGGACCAGGUCACCCUGUACGUGGACUGCCAGCCCGUCAACAGCAAGCCCAUCAAGGGCAAAGGUCCCGUCAACACAGAGGGGGACACCCUGAUCGGGAGGCUAGACGCCGACCCCAACACCUCUGUGGUGUUUGAACUUCAGUGGAUGUUGAUUCACUGUGACCCUAAGAGGGCUGAGAGAGAGAGCUGCUCCGAGCUGCCCCAGACUGAGAUGUUUCCCAAUGCUGAGCCUGACCCUAAACCGAUCCCUGGCCCUCCAGGUCCCCAGGGGCCCGAGGGGCCUCGAGGACCUCAAGGAGAGGACGGCAGAGAUGGCCGAGAUGGACUCCCAGGUCCACCUGGCAUGCCUGGCGUGCCCGGCAGCAAAGGGGAGCAGGGCGAGAUCGGCCUGCCUGGGCAGAGAGGCCUUCCUGGGCUCCCGGGGCCUGCGGGAGGAAGUGGGCCUAUGGGGCCAAGAGGACCUGUUGGUGAAAGAGGACUCCCUGGAUUUCCUGGUCCCCCUGGUGCUCCAGGACCCGCGUCUGUUGGACCUCCUGGACCACCGGGGAAACCUGGUGAACCAGGGGAUUCUGGAAACAUUGGACCUGAGGGUCCACCAGGACCAAGUGGUGGUGUGGGAGCCCCCGGGGCACCAGGUCCCCCAGGACCCCCAGGGCCUGUGGGUCCUCCAGGAGCAUCCAGCCCAGAGGGGAGUGGAGAAUCGUGCCAAGCUGCUUGUCCUGCUGGACCACAAGGAAAUCCAGGAGUGCCGGGAAUGAAGGGUCACAAAGGAAUCCCGGGCGAGCCUGGAGAAGCAGGAAAACCGGGCCAAAAGGGAGAGCCAGGUCCAUCUGGUGUACAGGGACUGCCUGGAAGGACAGGAAGUGAUGGGGCAAGAGGACCAAUGGGACCUCCUGGUGAACCUGGAGAGAAGGGUGACAAGGGUCCCCCUGGGUUCAAUGGUAUUCCUGGACCGACAGGCCCGCCUGGCUCUCCUGGUGUGGAGGGCAUUCGAGGACGUCAAGGUCUGGAGGGUCCUAAAGGCGAGGAGGGUCCAGUGGGUCCUCAAGGAGAACAGGGUGCUCCUGGGCAGAAAGGUGACACUGGUGAACCAGGAAAAGAUGGUGUCGAUGGUACUCCUGGAGCAGAUGGUGCCAAGGGAGAGCCUGGCUUGCCAGGGGCAGUGGGCGUCAGGGGUAUUGUGGGAAUUCCGGGAUUGCCAGGAAAGCAAGGCCUUAAGGGUCCAAUGGGUGAUAAGGGGGAGACUGGCGCAGAGGGACCGCUAGGCCCAAUCGGGCUACCUGGUAAACCAGGGGCAGACGGAGCCGCAGGCGAAAACGGAUUGCCCGGGGCAAAGGGAUCUACUGGCGAACCUGGGAAACAGGGACCUGUGGGACCUACAGGGCUUCCUGGACCACAGGGGGAUAAAGGUGACAAAGGUGACAUCGGUCCCCGUGGAAUCAAAGGUCACACAGGACACAAGGGAGAACCGGGUCCCAUUGGUCCGGUUGGUCCAAAAGGAAGUGAGGGUAAUCCAGGAGCUGUGGGGGAUAUUGGGCCCAAGGGUGACGCGGGCCCUCCCGGAAAUCCUGGAAUUAAAGGAGAACCAGGAGCUAAAGGAGACAGAGGUGCCAAAGGGCCAGAUGGAAGGCCGGGUCAGCCAGGUCAUGAGGGGCUGACCGGCCCCCUAGGGCCCCGAGGACUGGAGGGGGAGAGGGGUAUGCCCGGCUCCCCUGGCCCCCGUGGCCUACCUGGCCCUAAGGCAAGCGAACAUAAAAUCCGCGAGAUCUGCCUCAGCAUCGUCGAAGAGCAUUUAGAUGAGUUCAAAAAAGCAGCCCUCAAAGCACCAGCAGCUAUUGGGGCCCCUGGGAGUCCGGGGGCAAUGGGCCCCCCUGGACCCCCAGGGCCAGCUGGCGCCGUGGGAACACCUGGACCCCGGGGUCUGAUGGGGUUAGCAGGACCACCAGGAUUCCAUGGAAUUCCAGGACAGAAAGAAGGUGACCUCCCCUUUUUCACUGCAGGUGAAGCAGGAGCGAAGGGGGAGAGAGGAGAGAACGGAGUGGGGACCCGAGGUAGUCCAGGCGAGCCAGGUCCGCCAGGGGCACCUGGGGUCCCUGGUGUGGGGAAGGACGGACGGGACGGGGCCCGGGGAGAGACUGGAUCUCCAGGGGUACCCGGCACCCCAGGCCCCAGGGGCCCCACGGGAGCGCCCGGGUUGUGCGACCCAUCGGACUGUUUCGGGAGGGCCCCGCCCAUGUUCCUACCAGUGAGCGGGAAGAAAUCAUCAAGCAUGAAGGGGCCAUGA